AUGUAUCAAGUGAACGAUCGAAUAUCAAUUAGUGGUCAUAUGGGAUCCGUUAGAUACUCUGGGUACCUCCAUGUUUGGCCAGAUACUUUGGCAUAUGGCAUAGAAUGGGACGACUCUUCACGAGGUAAGAACGACGGCACUCUAGAGGGGAUAAGAUACUUCGAGUGUAUUGGCAAUGCUGGUUCAUUUGUGAAAGCAUCGAAUUCGAAGAUUGAUCCGCGAAAACUGUUUACAGAGGCGAUUGAGGAUCGGUAUGGAAGAACCACAAAUGACGAGGCUUUGCAGCACUCGAUUAUGUUCAGCACAAAAACAGUUGAAACUGUAGGAUUCGAGAAGCUCAAUUCAAAACUUGACGACUACAAAAAUCUUUCCACACUUAUGUUAGACCGCCAAUGUGUUCUGGGAGCUGGAAAAGAAGCGAAGCUACCCAAUUUAGAAUACCUUGACCUCAGCUAUAACUUAAUCUCGCUGUGGCAUGAGAUUGAGGAGAUUUUAAAUCGAACGCCGAAUUUAAAAGGUCUUAAUUUGAACGGAAACCGUCUCGGCGGCGGCCUUCUAGCGCAGUUCCCAGAAACACUCACCGACCUUUCGCUAUGUGACUGCAAUUUGGAUUCUGAAAUAUUGUCGCAGCUACAUAACUCAAGCAUCAACAAACUUGAGCUUGCAGGAAACAACUUGACUGACGCCAUGUUGGAGAGUUGGUACCCACCACUGACAUUAAAGGUUCUAGAUUUGUCCUACAAUAACUUGAGUCGAAUCCCACCACAACUCAGCGCUUUUAACAUCAACGAAAUCUUUCUUCAUCAUAACUUGGUCAAGGAUUUUGAAGAGAAGCAUUGCUUUCAACACAUUUCAAGCUUGGACGUCAGAUACAACCAGUUUUUGACAUUUAGUCUGAUUGAUCCAAUCCCACUAGUUUUUCCAAGCUUGAAGCUGUUGAGGUUGAGCCAUUGUCCUGCCUUUUCUAUGCUUCUGAUAGAGAGAAUGACCGUAUUCCUUAUCGGAAGACUACAGUGCAUGACUACAAAAGAUGGAUCGGGAAUAGUCAAACUAAAUGGAAGUGGGCUACUGUGUUCGGAAGUACUCGAGGCAGAGCUUUUUUUUGCCAGUCAAUUGAGAAAUGGACUGGUGGCUGCUAUUAAUAAUCCGUCCAGAAUGAGAUAUUAUCAAGAGAAGUACAACGUCAAUCUACAGAAACAGAACCAAAGUGUGCAAAGCGACCGGAUCAUCGAACUCUAUGUUUACAAUGUCAAGGAUUCUAGUCUCAUUCUCAAACGCAAGUUUUUACAGAACAACACCGUGCUUCGACUCAAAGGAUGCAUUGCAAGACAGACACGACUCUCAGUACCCCAUUUCACGGUGUCUUUUCAUAUGUACAACGAUGAGAAUAGCUCGCCACGGGUUCUAGAUGACGACAUUGCGCUUCUUCUGAGUCUCAGCUUUGUACCAUCGCAAAAAUUGUACGUUUCCUUGAAGGAAAACUGCCAUUUGCACUAA